AUGACCACUCCCCCCAAAAUUCAAUGCAUCCUACAUCACCAUAUUUCUUCAGCCGCCGUUUCCCUUGACAAAAUGGAAAACAGAUCGAACGACCUUGACCGACAAGAGCUGCUAAGACAUCUCUCAACAGUCCCUGCACAUACGAUUCUCCGCCAUUUGCAAGAGGACACAAUCAUGGAGAUCGCCGCCAAGUGCUUCAAAGACAAAACCGACGAGAGCAACAUGACACGAUAUCCGGAAUCACACUCAAGUCUCCAUUAUCUGGAACUGCAGCGAGCCUUAUCCCUGAAGAAGAGCAACAGCAACCAGGCUGGAGAUCGCGCAAAACGGCCAUUGAACGCUUUCAUUGCUUUUCGAAGUUACUACGUGAAACUAUUUCCAGAGUCGCAGCAAAAGGCGGCCUCGGGCUUCCUCACCACGCUCUGGGGUAAAGACCCAUUCAGGAACCGCUGGGCAAUGAUUGCGAAGGUCUAUUCUUUUGUUCGCGACGAAAUGGGCAAAAAGAAAGCUCCAUUAUCCUCUUUCCUUAUGGCUGCUUGUCCGGCCAUGGACAUUUUACCCCCGGAUGAGUAUCUUCGCGUACUCGGAUGGGCCGUCGAAGAUACCGAGUAUGGCACCAAAAAGCUUGUUCAAAAAGACGAACUUCGAGCUCCCAAAGAAACCACCAAAACAUGCCCAGACUCCGAGUUGGAACUUUUCCAAGGAAUGAUAGAGCUGGGCUACAUGCCAGAUGAGAGUAUUUUCUUGUUUGAGGCCCUUCUGGCUCGGGAUAGCCGUUCCACUCUUACUUCGACAAUCUCCAUCGCGGAGCGCGCCGCAAUCAGACCUGGUCAAGAGCAAACCCCGCGGAACGUCACUGAGAGUACCUCAUUGUAUUCACAAGAACGAUAUUCUUUCCAAGCAGACGGUCCCAUCUACACCCCAAGCCUGGAAGCCCCAACGCCUUACUGUGCGACGCCGUCUUGCUCAGAAGAGAUCACGACACCGUCCACUUGCGCCUCUAUAUCCACCCCCCCAACCCAGCCCGCGGCUCUCCUUCCUUCCGCCUCGACUCCGUCGCACUCUCUGGGCAUACCGUCUGCUGCGACCAUUUCCACUGCCGAGCCCGCGGCAGCAGCGGCCGCAGACUCUUACUUCCGCCCCUACUAUUACAACUUUGUCGCCGACGAUUCUGUUGCUUGUUCACCUGCCUCGUCCUUUGCCGGUGAUAGUGGCUUUGGCGGCAACCUCACUUCUCAUCCUGGCUACAACACAGCAGCCUCAUCAACAGCCGUCCUGAGUUUGGAUGGUGUGGCGGACCAUCAAGCCUUUGACAUUGACUGCCCGUGGGAAAUUGACGCUAUCCUGAGUCAAUGCACGCAAGCACCAACAACAAACCGACUCUUUGCUCUUUCCAGCAGCCCCGAGUAUGACCCGCACGAGGAUUUCCACUACACGUUUUGA